AUGUCAACGGAUUCGUCCACCUCGUCGGCGUCCUGCCCUAGCUCCGGCAUCGGCACGACGCCCGGCUCCUCCGACUCCGUCCUCCCGAUCUUCAUCAACCCGUACGCCUCCGUCAACGUCAAGACCCACGUCCCCAUCGAGCUCGACCUCCGUCUGCCAAACUACAACAAUUGGAACGCCUUCUUCACCGCCAUGUGCGGCAAGUUCGGCCUUCUAGGACACAUCAACGGCACCAUCACGUCCCGUCCGACUGAUCCCACCUGGAAUCAGCCGGACGCUUGUGUGCGCAGCUGGAUGUACGGCUCCGUCUCCGAUGGGGUUCUUGACCUCGCCAUGGCGCCAGAUCAGACCGCCCGUGCUCUUUACACGGCCAUCCAUGAUAUGUUCCAGGCGAACCAGGAGCCGCGCACCGUCAUCCUGAACCAGGAGUUCGCCUCCUUGUCUCAGGGCGACCUUCCCAUCGAGGCUUACGCUCGCAGCUGA